AUGGAAGCAGUUAAGGACAUCACGGAGACGGCGGCCGUGGACCUGGGGGACCUGCUGGACGCCGGGGACGGCGCCGUGGUGAUACUCGAGGCAGGUGACACGCGGCUGUUGGCGCACAGGGCCGUCCUGGCGGACAGGAGCCCUGUGUUCGCCGCCAUGUUCGCCCACGACACCCUCGAGGCCAGCAGCGGCGCGGUGAGCAUCCCGGACGUGGGGGGCCCGGUGCUGAGGCAGCUGGUCUCCUACCUGUACACCCUGCGGGCCCCCCAGCUGCCUGGCACGGCCCCCCAGCUGCUGGCCGCAGCGGAUAAGUACGGGGUGUCGCGGCUGAAGGCGGAGUGCGAGCGGCAGGUGGCCGCUCAGCUGACUGUCGAGACGGCGGCAGCCGCAGCCGUCCUCGCAGUCCGCCACUCCUGCAGUGACCUCAAGCACGCUGCACUGGCGUUCAUUAAGACCUGUCCGUUCGAGGUGAUGGCCACUCAGGGGUGGGCAGAUGCCAUGCUUCAUCAACCAAAAGACUUGAUCGAAGUGAGCCGGUUGCUGUAUGAUCCACCACCAAAAAGCAGGUAA